UAUCACAGUGGAGUAUCAAGGAAAAAGUGCAUGAACAUGUGCCACAUUAAUGAUUGAUGCACGUAUUGAUCGGCUGUGUUUUGGGGGAUUAGGGCCUCUGGUUGAGUAAGUGCGCAGUGUGUGUGGGUGGUUUUGGCUGUGGUUGUGUUUUUAAGCAGAAUUUUGUGUGUGUGUUUGUGUGUGUGUAUGUGUGUGUGUGCGUGUGUGUGUUUCUGCGUGGAUUUCCCAGGGGACUUGUCACUCAUCAGGUCGACCAGUGAUCCAACAUUUAAUCCUUUAGUCCUUAAAAAAACAAAAAAAACUGUCAGAGGAUCUCAGUCUGCGGUUGUUUCUCUCCACUGUUAUCUCUUUAUCUUCCACAAACUACAAACAAUGAGACUCCUGAGGCUGCUGUCCUGUAUUGCGCUGACAGUCGGACUGGUCACUGGGCACCGAAGUCACCUGAAUGACUUCCAGCGCUCUGAGGGCAGAGAGCUGGUUCCCACCCCCUGGAACUCAGCACGAGUGCUGCUGUUACCGGGCCUGAACCUGGAGGAGUGUGCCACACGCUGCUCUCAGUUACUGGACUGCAGAGCGUUCAACUAUGAGACGCGUCCGACCGUCACCUGUAAGCACCUGCCCUGGGUGGGUGAUGGCAGCAACGCCGAGGUGAAGAGGAACGUGAACUGCGACCUCUAUGAGAAGAAGGUCUACAUUAGAAAGUGCAUCGUGGGAAUGGGGGAAGACUACCGAGGGAAAGUCUUCACCACAAAAAGCGGCCUCACCUGCCAACAGUGGUGGUCCAAGUUUCCUCACGAUCAUAGGUGGACUCCCACGGCUUCCAACGGCCUGGAGCUGAACUACUGCAGGAAUCCAGAUGGGGAUCGCAUCGGUCCGUGGUGCUACACCACAGAUCCCGAGCGACGCUAUGAAGGCUGCAACAUCCCCCAGUGCAAAGAUGAGGUAUGCAUCACAUGUAACGGAGAGGACUACAGAGGGCAGGUCGACCACACCGUGAGCGGCAGAGAGUGUCAGAGAUGGGACCAGCAGUAUCCUCAGCAACACAUCUACCAGCCUGAAAAGUAUCCUGAUAAGAGUUUAGAUGAUAACUACUGCCGUAACCCUGACGCCUCUCCGGUGCCCUGGUGUUACACCACAGACGCUGGGGUGGAGAGAGAGAACUGCGAGAUCAGAAAGUGCACUGAGGUUCGCGUUGAGAAACGGCAGCGCUCCAGCUUCACCACCAAUUGUUUCCGCGGCCGUGGGGAGGAUUACCGCGGCAGAGUCAACGAGACGACAUCAGGUAUCCCCUGCCAGCGGUGGGAUGCCCAGUAUCCUCACGAGCACCCCUUCUACCCAAACACAUAUGAAUGCAAGGGUUUGGAGGAGAACUACUGUCGUAACCCCGAUGGGUCGGAGGCUCCCUGGUGCUUCACAUCUGUGCCAGAGAUGAGGACUGCUCUAUGUUUACAGAUCAAACGCUGUGCGGACGACAUAGAGGCUGAGGACUGCUACCAGGAAAAUGGAAAAAACUACAGAGGAAUGGUCCGCAAAACUCGUAAGGGAAUCACCUGCCAGAAAUGGAACGUUAACACGCCUCACCGGACCAGGAUAAACCCAAGGACACAUCCUGAGGCCAAUCUGACCGAGAACUACUGUCGUAACCCCGACGGGGACCAGCAUGGACCCUGGUGCUACACCACUGACCCCAAGACUGAGUUUGACUACUGUGCCAUCAAACAGUGUGCUGGAGAGAAAGUGUCCCUGACUGAUCCCGAAGAGGAGGUAGAGUUUACUGAGUGCGGAAAGAGGGAGGACCGUGUCCCGGUCAGCAGACUACGUAUCGUGGGUGGGAUUCCUGGAAACUCGCCGUGGACAGUGAGCCUCAGAGAUAGGAAAGGAAACCAUUUCUGUGGAGGAUCCCUGGUUGACUCCAGAUGGGUGAUCAGCACCAAGCAGUGUUUCUCCUCUUGUUACGUGGAUCUGCCCGGCUACUCGGCCAUGAUGGGAACACUGUUUCGUGAUCCACAAGAAGGAGAGCCGGGCGUGCAAACCAUCCCUCUCACCAAGAUCGUCUGUGGACCCUCUGAAUCUCAGCUGGUCAUGCUACAACUGGAAUACCCUGCCCAGUUUAAUGAGCGUGUCUCUCAGAUCUGCCUCCCCCCGGAGCGUUACAUUGUAGCCGAGGGGACAACCUGUGAGAUCGCAGGAUGGGGUGAGACAAAAGGGACCGGAGAUCAGACUGUCCUUAACGUGGCCCACAUACCAGUUCUGAGUAACAAGGAAUGCAACCAAUACUUCAGAGGUCGUGUUCGUGAGAAUGAGAUGUGCACAGGCUCUUUCCAGGGCGGAGUAGGUGCCUGUGAGAGAGACUACGGCGGCCCGUUGGCGUGUCAAAACAGUGACUGCUGGGUACUCGAGGGUGUGAUCAUCCCCAUGAGGCGCUGCGGACACCCGGGGCAGCCCAACAUCUUCAUCCGUGUCUCUGUCUACGUGGACUGGAUCAAGAAGGUCAUGGAGAUGGCAUAGGAACGGAAACUGCCAUCCAACAAGGGACUGGUCGAAUCCACUUUCCAAACCGCUCUGGAGUUGUUAUUCGGUUUAACCAUUUACAUUUUUUCUUCUCAGUUAUUUCUUUUACAAUUAAAAAUAUAAACAAUCACAUAAAAAUGUAUCAUCACAUUUUAUUAUAUCAUAUUUUAUUAUUGUGAGAAUUCACAUCAUUGUUUGAUAGAACGGUGUAGAAAGUCUCACUUCCUUAUGAAGAAAUUGUUAAUUUUUAUGUACAUUUACAUUAAGUUAAUUCUUUCUGCCAGAGUAACUAUCAUUAGCUGCAUCAGUGGAGUCACCAAAAACAAACAUGUCGGCUAAAGAGUCAAGCAGAGAUCAUUCGGCAUUAAAUGUAGUUAAAGUUAUUAAAAUCUUCUUGAUUUGAAUCUUCUUCAAAUCAAGCCGCAUUCAAAGAUUUAAUAAAUUGUUUUUAACACACUG